UCAACCAUAAUGCACACACAUAUAAAUAGAAACAUUGGACAAGGCAGUGUGGACCCGGGCAAACAUAUCAUAGUACGCGUAUGUAUGUGCAGCGCAAUGUAUAUAACUACUCCUCAUCACCAUGGCCAAGACGCGUUGUGUAUUGGGAUGGCUUACUCUGGCCCUCGCUUACAAGAGCCUACUUUCAGCAAGUCUUGGCACUGGACGCCGAUGAUGUUCCUGGAGCACCUGCGUUGGGCGACAGACGUGGAGUCACAUCAGGAUCUGCGUCCUUCUUGGAUUUCUUGGCCUUGCUCUUUGGCUUUGGAGGAUUCAUGUACUGCAGCGACACAUCCAUGUCUCUGUUGCCUUGCAACACCACAGGCAAGCCAAUCUUCGUACAGCUGGGUGAUGAUCUUGGAGUCUCAGUCACUGGAGGCCACUGAUGUCGGAAGAAGAUGGCCCCUGCACAGUGGCAGCUGUUGGCAGCCAAAGGCUGCGAAGUUCUCCCUGAGCUGCACAAGGACCAGGAGGAAUCGGCUGAGUGCAGACAAGGUGCAUCCCCUGCUGGUGCUUCAGUCUUGGAUGCUUUUGGGGGCAUUGACGCCACCUGCAGAUUCGAAGGGCCCACGGCACCUGGUAGCCUUGGCUGAUGAGAGCAUGAAGGUCAAUCAGGCCAGU